AAGCAGAAGCAAAGAAAACACCAAAACACAUAACCAUGAAUCCCCUUUCGUCUCUCAUCCUUUCCUUCUUCCUCUUCACUUUCAUCAUCAAUCUUCCAUCAAACACCGCUGCACCUUCUCAAGUUGUGGACUCAAACGGUAACCCCCUUACCUAUGGCAACCAAUACUUCAUUUUCCCAGCAAGUGAUAACCCUAGUAUCGGAGCACCAACCCUAAACAAAAUCUCUGAUUCUGAAUGUCCACUAACCGUCCUACAAAACAACGCCAAACUAGGAAUACCAGUCAAGUUCACCGCAGCAGAAAGCACCACCGGUAACAUCUUAACCGGUACUGAUCUCGAGAUUGAGUUCACUGAGAAACCUAGCUGUGCUGAAAGAUCCCAAUGGAUGGUGUUUGUUGAUAACACCACUCAACUGAGCUGUAUUGGUAUUGGUGGUCCUGGAAACUAUCGUGGUGUUAAAACGACUUGUGGAAAGUUUUUGAUAGCGAAACAUGGCUCUGGCGGUGUUUAUAGGCUUGGGUUUUGUUUGGACAAUGAUGGUGAUUGUGGUUAUCUUGGACUGAAAGAUUUUGGUGGUGAAGAAGGUGGAUUCCGUUUCAUUGUGACUGUAACUGACGCUUAUUCUGUUGUGUUUGUUCCUGCUGCUUCUGUGAAAUCUGUUGCAGGUGUUGAAAUUAGUAACAUUUAGGUUUUGUUAUGUUUUAAUGAAUAAGUGUUAUGUUUUAUGUUUUAAUGAAUAAGUGUUAUGUUUUAAUGAAUAAGAAGUGAAGCAGUUUGUAUUGGUUUUAUGGUUAAUAUAAAUUGAUCGGUUGGAGUCUAGCAUGGA